CUUUUUUUCGUUUGAAGACGCGUUUUUGUAGUGAGCUUCGAAUUUAUGAGAUUUUUCGUGAAUUCCGAGUCCCGUGAUUCUUUAGCACAUCCUUAUUUUGGCCAAAGCACGGUAAAAAUUGUUCAUAGCUCAGUUCAUCACAGCCACGGUGAAGUGGUCGCAAUCGUAAUCGCAAUGGAAGAGUUAAAGCCGUCCGGAGGAUGGUCCAAAAAAUGGAUCAAGGUUUUCUUCUGCAUGAUCUGUACCAUGCUUUGUUACUUGGGCGUACUGUUGUUAACGAUCGGGUCGGUAGGCAGAAUACAGUAUGAACAGCUGGAUAUUCUCAUGGAUAUACGAAUGUACCGAAUGGUUUUGUUCCUGAUGUUGGUAGCUACACUGUGUCUGGUACUAGCAUUCAUAGGAUUCCUCGGCAUUUGGAGAGAAAACCGUCCUGUAUUGUAUACGUUCUGUUUGCUGCUGAUCGUUUUUUCGCUAAUGGAAAGUACAGUAGCUUUUCUUGGGUACACACAAAAAUACAGCAUGGAAAUGGAAAUGGAAACCAAGCUGUGGUUUUCCGUAAAUCGGUAUUCACUCGACGUCAGUAUGCAACCUUACGUGGAUACGUAUCAAACACAGCUCAAGUGUUGCGGAGUCCACAACUACACCGAUUGGCUUGCGGCUCUACCUCCAGAUGAUUACACCUUGAACGAUGAGGAUCUGAUAACGCAGCUUGUUCCUCUUUCCUGCUGUGAUCUUGAGGAUACAACGAAAUGUACAAUCUAUGAUGCCGGUUGCCAUACCCGUCUGUAUGACAUUUUUUACGAUACGGGCAAAACGGUAAUCAUUAACACGCUAAUAACGGUGCUGUUACAGCUUUGUGGGGCUGCAUUAGGGUUCUUUUUAGUACGUAAGCUGAGAAUGUUUACAUUCAUGGAUGAAGAGCUGUUCCACGCGGAAAAGCACAACCCAUUUGCGUAUUCCAAAAUGCAAAGCACAACUCUAUCGAGCGAAAAAUUGUGAAGUUCAAGUGUUAGCAUAGCGGUACAACGCCUUAUAUUUUUAGUCAUAAGCUAGCUUUGGCCGUUUGUGAAACAUCAAACCUUCAAACAGUACCGUAAAAAGUUUAUCAGUUUGAGCCUUAUGAUAAGACACAAACGAUAAUGUACUUCAUUGUUCAUGUGUGUUAGUAUUACUUAUAUCUACGUUUGGGGUGGCAGAUUUUGAAUUAUUCACUCCAUAUAGAAACCCCUCGUUUCCUUCCAUUGAUUGUUCAGCUAAUAAACUGCAUGAA